AUGGACUCAGUUUCUUUCUCUGAUAUGGUUAAGGGUGUGAACAGAACCAUCCCAAAAGUUUGGUCUGACUGGGCAAACGAAGAUCCGUUAAUGGGCAUGUCAUAUGGAGAGGAUUCGGAUUCUGAAUUUAUGGGAGAUGGUGAUGAUGAUUGUAUCACCUUCACCAAGGAAGAAAAGGAGGCUAUGCGAAAGCCUUGGAGGAACGCCUUGAUUGUUAAAUUGUUGGGAAAAUCGCUUGGUUAUAAUGGUCUGCAAGCAAAGAUCCAUCAGAUGUGGAAAUUGGAGGGCGAGUACAGAGUAACAGAUUUAGACCAUGAUUAUUUUAUUAUUCGUUUUGAAAAAAAAAGCAGGAUUAUGAACAUGUCUUGCAAGGAGGUCCAUGGAUUAUUGGUGGCCACUACCUCACUGUUAGUGGAAUAUUUCAAUUUGAUUGCCUUAAAGAAAAUGGGAGGGAAGGUUGGUCGUGUGAUCAAGAUUGACCAGGUUUUGGUUGAAUAUGAAGGACUUUCUUUGAUCUGUUUUGAGUGUGGUAUCUUUGGUCACCGCAAAGAUGAGUGUUUGAAGAAGGGUCCUCCAGUGGAAGAAGUGGUGGUGGAGUCGCCAUCAACUGUUGUCCCGGAAACACCGCAAGAGGAGGGUGUAGAUAUAAGAAAGGUUAUAGCUGGAGCUAAUGUCUCGGGAGUGAAAAGUGGAAAUCCUACUAAAUUGCAAGUUAAACAGCAAUAUAUCCCAAAGUCGGUUUUGAAGGAUAUGGCAGCACAAUCCUCGCAAGAUAAAAUCGUGGGAGUCAAUGAGGAAAUCUCUAAAAAGGUGGGCAAGAAUGUUUUGAAUCUGGGACAUUUUUUUGCUGCUGGCAAUAAAGGAGGAGGUUCCUUUUCUACAGGUGUCAGGUCAAAUGGGCCUGAAGUUACUUCCAAAUCCAAGAAAACAGCUUCACCUGGGCUUGGGUUGUAUGUCAAUAAAGCCCAGCAAAAAGGACGGUGCUUUGUGAUUAGUGAAACCAAUAAAGAUGAUGGUAAUAACACUAUUACACAGGCGCUGGACUUGAUUUCUUCUCAAAGUGUUGAAGCCCCAAUUAUGAUUUUUGGAAGAGGACAUAGUAGUAGUCUUAAGCAUGAUGUUGCAAGUGGAGCAUGUCAACCUGAUGGUGGUGGCAAGGAGGAGGUGGAGCAAAUUCCAAUUGCUUCGUCUUCUAGUUCUAAUCAGAGCAAAGAUUCGCAGGUUGAUAGCAUGCAGGUUGAAAUUGGUUUGAACCAACAAAAUUCUACUUUGACCUGCAAGGAAAUGGUCAGAAGUUAUAAGCCUGAUGUUUUGUGUCUUUUAGAAACUAAGGCAGCUUCGCCUUCUAUUCAGAAGCUAGCUAAGUUGCUGCAUUUCUCAAAAUGUUUUCGAGUUAUGGGUGACUUCAAUGAUUUUGCUGCUCUUACUGAGAGAUGGGGUGGUAAGGAGGAGGUUCGCAGUUUAUUCAGGAGGAUUGAAAAAUUUAGAGAAAUAUGGGAUGCAUACCCGACACGCAAGCUAGCCGUUGGCGUGUGCAUGGGAGAGCCAAACUGGGUGUGUUGCGGCCACCACGCAAUGCCGGACCCAGGCCAACGUCAGGGGGACGGGCAGGAUAUUUUCAUGACAUAUGACAUGACAGAUUUGCCCCUGAUGGUUCCGAAGGUUGACUCGGGCCAAGAUUUUGCUUGUAAUCUCGGGAGUGCUCCGCAUAGACCCUUUCGUUUUGAGGCUGCUUGGCUUACACACCCAGAUUUUUCAGAUCUCUUUGCAACGGCCUGGGCUAAAGGUGGGGAUUCGGUUUCGGAUUCUAUUGCGGAAGUAACAAGGGAGCUGGAAGCUCAGCUUCGUGAGGAGUUUCAACAGGUGUUAUAUCAAGAGGAGUUAUUGUGGCUUCAAAAGUCUAGACUUGAUUGGAUUUACAAUGCUGAAAGGAAUACGAAGUUUUUCCAUUUAACUACAGUGAUGCGGAGGAAUAGAAAUUUGAUUGUGGGACUUAAUGUUGCGGAUGUUUGGACCACGGAUCAGGCAGUGUUAAGUUCUCAUGUUAAAGAUUUUUUCUUCACUUUAUUUAGUCGCAAGAUGCAGGAAUUUCUACCAGCAGUCUAUGAUCUAUUUGCUCCAAAGCUUAAUGAGGAGGAGAGGUUAAGCUUGUUGGCUGCUAUCUCUUUAGAUGAAGUACAUAAGGCGACUUUCUCAAUGAAGGGCCUUAAAGCCCCAGGGGUAGACGGCAUUCAACCCAUUUUUUAUCAAAAGCAUUGGUCCAGUGUACAAGUUUCUCUUGUUUCUUUUGUGCAGAACGCCUUUGAGCAGCGACAGGUGGAAUUGAAUAUACUACGGGCACACAUGGUUUUGAUUCCAAAAGGACAAAAUCCAGGGUCAGUUAGGGACCUUCGGCCAAUUACUUUGUUGAAUACUUGGUAUAAAAUUUUGUCCAAGGUGAUUGUGAAUAGGAUGAGGCCGAUUCUUCAAAGAAUUAUUGGCCCUUAUCAAAAUAGUUUUUUGGCGGGUAGAAGCACUUCUGAUAAUAUUCUCAUUGCCCAAGAGGUGAUUCAUACUUUGUCUAAUUUGAAGGGUAGAAAAGGGGCAAUGGUGACGAAAAUUGAUCUCCAGAAGGCUUAUGACAAUGUUGAUUGGCGAUUCCUGGAGGAAGUUCUGGUUUUCUAUGGUUUUCCUGCUCCUCUUGUCCAAUUAAUUAUGUUUUGUGUUCCUAAUACAGAAUUAUCAAUUAUUUGGAAUGGAGAUGCACUCCCUCAUUUUAAACCUCAGCAGGGGUUACGACAAGAUAAUUUGUUAUUAUUUGCUUCGGCUUCUGAUUCCCAGUUUGAGAAUGUUAUGGAUACCCUGGAGGAAUUUGGUAAAGCCUCUGGUCUACGAUCGAAUUUGCAGAAGUCAAGAAUGUGGGUUUCUCCUAAUGUGCAUAACUCGAAAGCAGUGGUGUUGAGUAGAAUUUGUGGUAUCCCUUUGAUGCAAGAGCUGGGCACUUAUCUGGGAGUACCUCUCAUUCACAAGAGGGUGACUAAAGAUACGUAUAGCUACGUGGUCGACAAGGUGAUUCGAAGGUUAGCUAAUUGGAAAGGGAAGGUCCUUAGCCAGGCUGGUAGGCGAACCUUGAUUCAGUCUACCUUGAGUAGUAUUCCAAUUUACACCAUGCAAACAGCUAUGUUAUCGGCAUCGACAUGUGAGACUUUGGAUCGAAUCAAUAGAAAUUUCCUAUGGGGUGGUGAUGUUGAUAAGUCUGGUUAUCAUCUCAAAUAUUUAAAAGGUAUUGGGUUUGUUGAGAAUAAGCCGCAUGGUAGACAAUCUUCCACUUGGCGAGGGAUAAGGAAAACUGUGGAUUGCAUAAGAAAUGGCUCGAAAUGGUGUAUUGGGGAUGGCGUUACUACGAACUUUUGGUUAGAUAAAUGGGUUGGGGAUAGAGCGUUGUGUCAGGAGAUUCCUCAUCCAGAGCACUCUUUGGAUCGCAAUACCAAAGUUGCUGCGUUCAUCAGGGAUGAAGGAUCAUGGAAUUUAGAUGAUUUGAGCUUGAUUGUUGCCCUUGAGAAGCUUGAUGAAAUACGAGCUAUACCCCUACCCAUAUCCCCAGGGGUAGGAGAUAGAUGCUUUUGGGCCUGGGAUAAGUCGGGAGUAUUUACGAAUAAAUCGGCUUAUGGAAGCUUGGCUAAUCAUUUUGGUCCAGAUGCGUUAUCGGGAAGUUGUAGGUGGAUUUGGAGGCUGCACACCACAGAACGCAUUCGUUUCUUCUUAUGGUCUUUAACAAGCUUUAAGGAUUGGUUGCAUGAUAAUGCAUUAAAAGUGGCUCCUCUUGUACCUAAUGGUCAAUUGCCUAUCUCUUGGAGUUGCCUUUUUGUUUCGAUUCUUUGGAGUUUAUGGAAGGCUAGAAACAACCAUAUAUUUAAGGAUGUUUGUCCUAGUGCCGAAGCAGUGUUACGAUAUGGGGCUGGUGGAUUGCUUCGCGAUGAUGCUGGUAAUUGGGUUGGAGGUUUCAUGCUCAAUAUAGGGAGAACUUCUAGUCUUUGUGCAGAACUUUGGGGAGUUAGACAAGGCUUGAUCAUGGCUAGGAAUAUGGGUUUGAAGAGUUUAGUGGUGGAGCUGGAUGCUAUAGUAGUAGUUCAGUUUCUUAAAACAAAGGUAAGUAUGGUUCAUCCUUGCUAUACUUACCUGUGUGAUUGCUACGAGUUGAUUACUGGUAAUUGGAUCGCUGAGAUUCAUCAUAUUUUGAGAGAAGGCAAUAGAUGUGCGGAUAUGUUGGCAACUUUGGCUCACGAAGGCCCCCCUGGAGUGACAUGGGUUUUAGAACCUCCGGAACAACUUCAGCCUCUACUUGCAGGCGAUAAGUCAGGGGAGGAUGUUUUACGUUUGUAA